AUGGGAAGACUUCUGUGGCUGGAGGAUAAGAGAAGGAUUUUUGUGGCUGGAGCUUCUGCGGUUUGUGGUAGUUAUGAGAGAUAUUUGGGUCUUCUAGCUCUGGUAGGAAGAUCUAAAUACAACUCUUUUAGAGUAUUAAAAGAUAGGGUAUGGCAGAGGAUUUCUAGUUGGAAAAGCAGCUUCCUUUCUCAAGCUGAAAAACAAGUAUUGAUAAAGGCUGCGUUACAAUCCAUCCCUACAUCUACCAUGAGUGUGUUCAAGCUUCCUGUAAAGUUGUGUAAGGACAUGAAUGGGUUAUUCUCUAAAUUCUGGUGGAGGAAGCAGCACAUGGAGGGGGUAUCCAAUGGAAGAAAUGAGAAUUUCUGGGAUUGCAAAAAGGAAAGGGAGGCCUGGGAUUUAGGGACUUGGAAAGCUUUAAUUUAG